AUGCAGACUGCUUCUACAAACAUUUGUGAAAGAAUGGGUCGUUCUCAGGAGCUCAGUGAAUUCAUGCGUGGUACCAUGAUAGGUUGCCACCUGUGCAAUAAGUCCAUCCAUGAAAUUUCCUUACUACUAAAUAUUCCACGGUCAACUGUUUGUGGUAUUAUAAUAAAGUGGAAGCAACUGGAAACAACCGCGACUCAGCCACAAAGUGAGCUGGGUCAGCGCAUGCUGAACCGCAUAGUAAACAGAAGUCGCCAGCUGUCUGCAGAGCUUCAUAGAAUGGGUUUCCAUGCAAAGCAGCUGCAUCCAAGCCUUACAUCACCAAGUGCAAUGCAAAGCGGUGGAUGCAGU